GUAGGACUGCAGGCGUGGUUCGUGUGGAAUGGUACGCCUGGAAAGCGUCAUUUCCGCUCACUGCAUGUAGAAGUAGAAGCUGUUUUAUACGCUUCUCCCGUGUAAAACGCCAUACACAAAGAGCAAUAAUUUUCAUUUUUGCGAAAUCGAUAAUCGUUUUAACUUGUACCAAAAAAAAAAACACACAAAAAAAAAGAGCGCCAUAUCAAUUGCAGUCACGAGUAAAAUUAAGAGUCACGAGAGAACUGGGAAAACUGUCAGAGGGAGCGAAAUUGAAAAGAGAUAUUUCUGAGAAAGGCAGCAGCCAUAGAAGGCCCGAUUUUUGGGUCCAUGCAUCCAUCGCAGUACGUCAAUGGAGGCCAGGGCGUUGGUCGUCGAUUCAAUUGACGAGACUCAGAAAGAGUCGUCGUUUUGGUCGUUGUAGACCAGCAGCCUGCAUGAGGAAGGAAGGAAAUCGUUUUCAUUAUCGCCGUUUAUUGUAAGAGAAAUCCUCAUGCGAGAAGAGGAAGCCGUCUGAAUAUUUGGGGGACGACGAAUCCAAUCGAUCCCGUGCACCAGAGAGCUGCAGCAGCCACCGUGGAUUUCGUAGAGAAAAAUUCAGAUCCCGAGAUUAAGAUAGAAACAUGCCAAGAAUUGAUCCACAACAGCUCUUGCACUGUUUGCAAGUGCUCCUGACACCAACCGGAGGUAUCCUUUCCAAAGAUGAGGUGCAGCGGCUAGCAAAUCUGAUGACAAAAUUCUCCAAAAAGCUAGUCAGCAAGUGUAUAUAUGUGUUGAUACUGAAGAACACGGACAAACAAUUAUUGGGUUCCUUCAUGGGUGAGGGUGGCUGGAACCUGAUUCACAUCUGGCUCCAGGAUGCCCACCUCAACAAGAAUUGGGCCCUCGUCACUGAGGUGCUGGAGUUGUUGCUCAUCACGCCGGUGGAUGUGGAACGCCUUAAAAUGAAUAACCUGCCCAAGCUCGUCAAGAGCCUGACGAAACGCGACGAUCUACCAGGGAUCCAGCAGCUCGCCUCAUCGCUGGUGGAGGAGUGGCUGAAGAUAGUGAAAGAUGUAACGAAAGCGGAAGCUGCCUUACAACAACAAGCACAAGUACCUGUACAAACGAUACACGUUCAGGCUCAGCAGGUGGUGGACGCGACGCCGGAGCCGAUGGACGUCGUCGACGCCGCCGCAACCGAAGAGCCGCCAAGUGAUACUAGCCUUAAAUUAAAAGUUUCUGUGAAAGACGGUAAAGUGAUUAGUAGUAAAUUAGUUCCUACCGGUGAGGAAAACAUCGUACCUGCAUCAAACAACGUUGAGGCGGCGGCAAUCAAGGAUGACGAUAAAGAGAAGAAAUCGAACAAUCAUGAUAGAAAGCAUAGGAGCAGUAGCUCCAGCUCAUCGAAGAGCAGCAGUAGCAGAAGCUCAAGAGAUAAGAGUAAGAGCAGUAGUAGCAGCAGCAGCAGCAAAAGUAGCAGUCGAGACAAGGAUAGGAAGGAUAAGCAUAGAAGUAAUGGAUCGUCAAAGCAUAGGAGUAGCAGCAGUAGUAGUAGUAGUGGUAGUAAGAGUAGCAGCAGUAAGGAUAAGAAGGAGACCAAGGAGAAGCAAGCAGAAAAAGACAAAGAUACCUUAUCGAAAAUUCAACCACAAGCUCUGCAGAAAGUUGGCAGGAUACCCAAGAAGCUGGAUGAGAAACCCAAGUCUUCAUCAUCAUCAUCUAAAGACGUGAAAAAGGAUCAGACGAAGAAGCCGACGUUCUCAGUGGAAGUGCGCAAAACCAAUGAGGAGAAGCCGAAGACUGUGAAAAUAUUCAACUCGAAGAUGCGAUCGACGGGGCUGCUGGAGGAAGCGAAGCCGCCGCCGUCGCGAACAUCGGUGACGAAGAAACCGACGCCGACGUUGCCCGCAGUUCUGCCGUUGAAGAGGCCGUCUCCGAUCCGCGACCUGAUCCCGCCGCCCGAGAAGAAGUCCCGCCUGAUGGACGCGCCGGCGACGAACCCGGAGCGACCCGGCGCGAUCAAACUGAUCCCGCCGAAACCAAAACCGGCAAUUUUGCAAGAGAGCGAUAUAUUCAUGGACGCGCUGACCGCAUCGGCGACUGCGAAGAAGGAGCCGAAGAAGAGGAAGAGGAGACCGAGCGCGUCGAAGGACAGCUCACCGCCGCCUUCGGAGCCGACGUCUCCUACGAACUUGAAGGCUAUAACUCCAGCCAACUUCUAUCAGGAUACGUUGGCGGAGGGCGAGAGUGCCAUGGAGGCUGACGAGGAGAAGAGUAACAACGAUGACGGGGAGCGCCGCGCCGAGAUUCCCGAUACCCCGGCGGAGCCGGACGAGGAGGACGAAGUAAGAGAGACGACGAAGACUGAUGCGAACGGUUUGAAGGGGGUGCUGUCGUACGCGAAACGGAAAGGACCCAAGAGGUCGAUCCGUUGGAAGGCGGAUGCGGAUCUGGUCGAGGUGCAGUACUUCGAGCUGGACGAGACGGAGCGCGUGAACGUGAUGAAGCCGUUCAUGGAUAUGGCGCGCAUGGAGAUGAGCAGCGAGCGUGAGGCGCUUCGGUCGAGGAAGCUGCCCAACGAGGACAACAUGGAAGCGCAGUUGCCGUACAGGCCGAUGAUGGAGCUCGAGCUGGCCGAUCUCACCGUGGUGCUCGGCUCGAAGAGUUUGGAGAAGGAGAUCCAGUUCGCGCGAGAGAAACGCGUCCUUCAGGCGAUCUACUUCAACAACCGCAUCCCCGAUUCGGCGACAGAGCCGGACGUCGAGACGCACGCGAUGGUCAACCCCAUAAUCAUCCCGCUCGAGGAUCCGGACAAUCCGGAUCAGGACAACCCGAUACAACCGUGGCCCGAAGCGAAAGGCUCCCCACCGCACGUACCCAACCUUCCGCCGAUCUUCACGAACAUGGGCGGAGGAGGACCCGGAGGACCACCGUUCAUGGGAAUGCCCGGCCCACCGGGUCCCGGAUUCCCACCCAACAACAUGCCACCGAACAUGCCGCCGUUCGGUCCGGGCGGUUUCAUGCCGCCACCGAACCUCAUCCGACCGCCGAACCCGGAUUGGAACGGUAUGCCACCGCCGGGUCAUCCGCCACCGGAUAUGAUGAACGGUCCGCCGAACAUGUUCGACAACUUCGGAGGACCGCCGCCGCCGGAUAACGGCUUCGGCGGAGGACCACCCUUCAACGGACCACCCAUGUUCAACAACUUCAACAAUAUGCGAGGCCGUGGAGGAUUCCGAAGAGGCGGCAACGGUCCGUGGUUACGGAUGGCCGGUCCCGGGCCCAACCCCGGCAACUGGAACAACAACAGGGGUGGCGGUGGUCCGAAUCGUGGUGGUGGAGGCGGCGGCGGCGGCGGCGGAGGUCGUUUCUGUAUGAACGUGAAGAAGCACGGAUUCUGCCGGAAUCGCGACAACUGCCACUUCGUUCAUCCCAACUAGUACACGCUCCGAACAUCGGAA